UCCUGAUCGAAAGCACCCUUUUGUCUAUUGUUGUUUAAUCCAUUCAACCACAUUCAGCCGACACAAGAUCAUAAUGUCAGAAGCACCUGCAAGCAUUCCAUCGAAUGCAAUCGUUGUUGAAGUACUGAAUAGAGAGAAUUACUCAAACUGGAGCGCGCUUGUGAGGAACUACUUGAUAGGCAACGGUCUCUGGUACGAUAUUAUUCAGGAUAAGGAUGAUGAAAAAGAAGUGCCUUAUAUUGAGGACAAUGAUGAAGACCCAAAAAAUCAUAUUGAAGGCAAUGAUAAAGGUUCAAAGCCUCGUUUUCAGGGCAACUUUAUUGAAGCUCUAAAGCCUCCAUUUCCAAUGCCUUCUCCGCAGGAUGAAGAAGAUCCAGAACAGUCUUAUAUUGAAGGCAAUGAUGAAAAUCAAACAUCGAAAAAGAAGAAUGAAAACGAUUCAACAAAAUCAACGUCUGCCAAAGAGUCCAGGAGUCGAAAAUGGGAAUACAAAAACCGCAGGGCUUUACACGCCAUUCAACUCUCUUGUGGGAAGGCAGUGGGGCAAAUAAAAGAGUGCAAAACAGCCAAAGAGGCGUGGAAGCAUUUGAAGACGUCGUUCAGCGAAGACGUUUACGCCCACUACGAUUCAAAGCAAUCACGCUUUUUUAGCGAACUUAUACUCCAAACUAACGUGAGGAAAGGGUUCCUGGACGACGCGAAAGAGAGCAUCAGCAUCUCCCCUGAAGAUAUUUUCACAAAAUCCCCGGAGGGGAAGACCGUGCUUCAUGUUGCAGUGGAAGCGGGACACGUGGAAAUUGUGAAGAUAUUGGUUGAAAUGGGGAAGAAAACGUUGGUGAAAAUGCAAGACAAGAAGGGGUACACAGCGCUGGCUCUAGCAGCUAAGUUAACAGACAAUAAGGAGAUGGUAGAGUGUAUGGUGGAGAUUGGAGGGGAUGAGCUGCUAUCCAUAGCGGCCAAAGAAGGUCCAGUUUAUGAGAUUCCGGUGCUUCUGGCUUCAGCUAGAGGCCACAAAAAAAUGACUAGAUUUCUUUUCAACAACACCCCCUGGCCCCUCCUACGCCGAAACCGUUGGCAAUGCGCUCUUGUGCUUCUUUCUCGAUGCAUCUACAAUGAGAUAUUUGAUGUUGCCGCAGCAAUAAUCCAACACCCUGAUGCACAACGAAUGCCUCUUAAUGAUGAAGCAAAAAACUUACGGCCCAUAUAUGCAUUAGCCCACAUGCCUUCAGCUUUUCGCAGUGCAGAAACCAGACUUCAUUGGUGCCAGCUUUUAAUUUAUAAUGUUUUGAGAGUAGAGGACCAAAAUAAUAAUAAAAGCAUCGAGAUCGUAUUCCAUGAGCCCGAUGAAAUAGAAAGGCCAUAUGUUACGACACAUACUUUACCAGGUUUAGGUCGACUUUUUGGACGAUUUCAACUGUUCGUUCAAACUUUAAUAAUUUCAAAUUUUGAAGUUAUUCAGAAAAUACAUGAGAAGAAAAUGAACCACUACCAUGCAAUGGAGAUUUUAAAUUGCUUGUGCGAAAGAAUACCAACGAUGGUUGAAGAAGAGUUGCGUGAGGCGUCAGCAUACGACGCAAUGUUACAGGCAGCCAAGAAUGGAAUUACGGAGUUCAUAGAGUCAAUGAAAGGUGCAAAUCCUGACCUUUUGUUAGCCAUGGAUGAAAGUAAAAGAGGCAUAUUUGCACAUGCAAUUGUGAAUCGUCAAGAAGGGGUCUUUAACCUCAUACACGACAUAGAGACUAAAGAGAUUUUUACAUCUUGUGAAGAUGCAUUAAAAAAUAACUUGUUGCACAUUGCAGCAGAAUUAGCGCCUUCCCGUUACCUUGACCGCAUAUCCAAUGCAGCUCUGCAAAUGCAAAGAGAACUUCAGUGGUUUCAGGAGGUAAAGAAGGUUGUGCCUCGGUGGUGCCAUGAAGCCAAAGAUGGAAAUGAUAAGACGGCAUCUGAAGUAUUUACCGAUGAGCAUAAGGAGCUUCUGAAAAGAGGUCAGCAAUGGGCGAAAGAGACGGCAGGUGCUUUCACACUAGUGGGCACUCUCAUCAUAACCAUGAUGUUUGCUGCAGCCUUCACUGCCCCAGGGGGUAACGAUGAUAAACAUGGCACACCCGUCUUCUUAGGUGAAAGCACAUUUACGUUCUUCAUCGUAUCAGACGCUAUAUCCCUCAUCACAUCUUCAUCAUCGGUGUUGAUGUUUAUUGGAAUUCUCACAUCGCGUUAUGCUGAGCAAGAUUUCAUCAAGUGGUUGCCCAUGAAGUUACUCUUUGGUCUUGUUACCUUAUUUUUGUCUGUGGCAUCCAUGAUGUGUACAUUUUGUGCUGCACUUGCUUUGAUGCUAAAGGGAUACUACAGGAUUGUAAUAGCAGCCAUGUGGCUUGCACUUCUUCCAAUCCUUGUGUUCGUACCUUCUCUGUUACGUCUCACCUCAGAGAUUUCCCGAUCUACUGUGAGAUUUGAUAAGCUUGCUGCAAAGAAGAAAAAGAAUAGGGAUUCGGGGUCAAUGUAGCUGUUUUUUGAUUUUUCCUUUGUGUAUGCAAUGUCGAUCGAUCUUGUUCAAACUUUAAUAGGCUGUAUUUAGAUGGGCAUGGGAUUCUUUGUUACAUUUUGGGGUGUUCUGGAGUGGACUGAACAGAUUCACUUGUGCUUCAAUCAAAGGCUUUAUUCAUUAAUAAAAAUGUUUAGCUUAUA